GUUAUAAUAAAUACUUGCUUCUAGAGCCCUCAUAAAAUAAUAAAAUGUGAACAAAUAACCUCAUGAACAGUGAGCUGCGCUAUAUCUGCGCUCCCUGUGUUACAUUCUGCUAUUACUGUGCUAUUUAGAGAGCUCACACCCCUCAUUCAGCAGGCAGAGACCCGGAAGCAGUGUGUCCGCCCCAUCCAAUCCCAGCCGACACGUGUGCCCCACUUCCUGUGUCAGACACACCGGGCAGAGCAUGCAGUGACUCGGACAUGGGGGCCAGGAUCAGCCGCGUCUUCCGGGACUUCAACAUUGAAAACCGGGCACACCGGCUCAUCGGCAAGGACAAGGUCCGGGCGGCCCCUCCGCACCCCGGCACCAGGGAGGCUCAGCAAGCCCAGCUAGAGAGUGAGUGACCUGUGGGCCUGUGGGAGCCGAGCUGACAGCGAGCUCGGGGUAUGGAGCAUUGAUUGACAGGUGACCUCCUCUCUGACACGUGGCGGGGUGAAGGUCACAUGUCCCCAGUCAAUACUCUUACUGUGUUAGAGAUGGAACCACAGCAGCGGUCAUGGUGUACAGAUGUCCUUGUUACGGGAAGCACAUAAUGCCCUGUUAGAGCGUUGCAUGUCGGGAGUUGAAGUUCGGAUUAAGUACUGUGGGUGUGCUGAAGCUGAUGCCCAGUACUUAAACUUGAAAGCUCUGUAUAAAGCCUGAUUUUUUUUUUUUUUUUUUUAUUUAUUUUUUUUUUAUUUAAAUUAGGGAAUUGUUUUCAAGUCAUGCCUGUAGAGCAGAAUGUCAGUGUGUAAAAAAAUAAAAAAGGCAUGUGAUUACUGUAAAGCAAACAUGUCAAACGCAAAAGCUUACACGGACCAAAUAGACAAGGUUUAAGAUUGUGGGCCGCAGAAAAAAUAGUUCGACCUAGAGUCACAGGUAUAGGCAACCUUUGGCUCUCCAGAUGUGUUGGACUACACCUCCCAUGAUGCUUUGGUGCUGAAGGUUGGCUUCCCCUAGACCAGGAGUUCCAAAUUAACCUUUUGACAUAGUGUAUCAAGGUCGUGGAAUCCCUUAACAUCCCCCCCCCCCCCACACUCCAAAAAAAAUUGAGUUGUGAAAUGGAAAAAUCAAUCAAAGUAUUGAUUAUUUCUUUGUGUAUCUGCCCCUGGCCAAAUCAAUGAAACAAUGCGUGCACGCUCCCUGAAGUAAUUCACACCAGACACAGGUUCCAGGUUGUUGAAUAACUUGAGGAAAGUUUAUUCAGAGGGGACGGCAAGUCCCUUUUAAAGCAAAAUUACAUCAUAAGCAUUGUCAGAGAUAACAUGGAAUAAUACAUCAAUAAUUGGUUAGGUGUUAAGUGGUUGCUUCAAUGCUCUGCCUACUGCAGGUGAUGUCACCGGGGCCAUGAGGGUCUCCCACGGUUUACCGGCGCCAUCUUGGUACACGAGGUAGUUAGUCGAUGUUAGGAGGGAGGAAGGGAAGGGGGGGGGGGGAAAGGAGCUAGAAGCUUCCAGCAGCCAUCUUAAUUAUAAUAUGUGUGCUUAGCUAUAUUGAUAUAUAUCGUGAAAUGAGUAAAUAGACAUUUUUCACUAACUAGGAAAUAUGUGUAGACCUUAUUUCCACAACAAGUUGUUUUUGUUAAUGUGUGUAUAUCUGUGCUUGUAUGUGUCACUGUGUGUAUAUCUUACACACAUAGAUACACAGUGUGUAUCUGUUUGUAUGUGUCUGUGUAUCAAGGUGUGUGUAUGAAUCUGACACACAGAUUAUACACAUACACACAUACUGGCAGAUAGUGGCACACAAACACCUUGACACAGUAUGUGUCUGUGUAUCAAGGUGUGUGUAUCUUUGUGUGUGUAUGAAUCUGACACACAGAUUAUACACACACACACAUACUGGCAGAUAGUGGCACACAAACACCUUGACACACAGUAUGUGUCUGUGUAUCAAGGUGUGUGUAUCUUUGUGUGUGUGUAUGAAUCUGACACACAGAUUAUACACACACACACAUACUGGCAGAUAGUGGCACACAAAUAAACACCUUGACACACCGUAUGUGUCUGUGCAUCAAGGUGUGUGUGUGUGUAUGAAUCUGACACACAGAUAUACACACACACACUGGCAGAUAGUGGCACACAGAUACACACAGUGUGUAUAUCUGUGUUUGUAUGUGCCGGUGUGUAUAUCUGUGUUUUCAUAUGCGCCAGUGUGUACUUGUAUCCAGGCCCGGACUGGCCAUCGGGCACACCGGGCAAAUGCCCGGUGGGCCGCGGUGGCCGUGGGCCGAGGCCGGCAGGGAGAUCACAGGAUCUCCCCUGCCGGUCUUUGCAGGGCCGGCACUGUCUGAACGCCGGCCCUGCAGUAGUCUACAGCGGGCCGGUGGGGAGAUCAGAGAUCUCCCUCACCGGCCCACAUAGAGAAUACUGCGGCCGCCGGGGGAGAGAGGGAGGGAGCCAGCCUGGCAGCAGAGGAACCCGGAGGAGCUUUAACUUACAGCUCCGCCGGGUUCCUCUCGCGAGAUUCGGAGUGUUGCCAUGGCAACGCUCCGGGUCUCGCGAGAAUGAACUCUAGCCCAACAGGCUAGAGUUCACUCACCACUUGGACCACCAGGGAUGGAUGGCGGCAGGAUCCCCCCUCCCAGGCAUAAGGUAAGCAGGGAGGGGGGAUAUAAUCAGGGCACAGCAGGGCACAUAACACUCCCAGCACCCUCACACACACACACACUGCACCCUUGACACUCACAGCACCCUCACACACACACUGCACCCCUGACACUCACAGCACACACACACUGCACCCCUGACACUCACAGCACACACACACACUGCACCCUUGACACUCACAGCACCCUCACACACACACACUGCACCCCCGACACGCACUGCACCCUCACUCACACACUACACAUCUGACACUCACAGCACACACAAAAUGCACCCCUAACACUCACAGCACCCUCACACACACACAUUGCACCCCUGACACGCACAGCACACACACUGCACCCCUGACACUCACAGCACCCUCACACACACACUGCACCCCUGACACGCACAUCACACACCCUCACUUACACACACUGCACCCCUGACACUCACAGCUUCCUCACAUGCACAUAGCACCCUCAUGCAAACACAGCACCCACUCACACACAGCACACUGCACCCAUCACACACACAGCACCCUUACCCACAAAGCACCAUCACGCAAACGCAGCACCCAUCACUCACACACACACCGCACCCCUCUCUCACACACACUACACCCCUUACACACACACACACACACACAGAGCACCCUCACACACACUGCGCAAUAUGCUUUCCUGGCAUUUUUGUCUCCUGGUAUCCCAACUAUGGAGACACCAGAGACAAAUUUCAAGCAAACACAGUGCAAGCAUGUUAUUAAAUUUGCUUGCGCUGUGCAGAACAAAUACAGGGUAUUUUUCUCAUGCCAGAGCUCUUCAGCAGAGCUCUGCGCAUGGUCUACCCUGGAAGAGCAUUGAACCAACAUGCUCACUUUGUGAUGGGGCGUGCUUGUCAUUGGUGAUGACAAAACACACCCUAUCUGGCCCCGCCCCCUUUUUAGUGGGCCGUUGUAAUUAAAAAAUGCCCGGGCCGAAUUUUCUUCCCAGUCCGGCCCUGCUUGUAUCUACACACAGAUACACACAUCUUGACUCACAAAUAUACACACUUUCACCCACAGAUACCUACAAACAUACUGGCACACACACACACAGUGUGACACAUACACAAGCCUUGCCACACAGAUAUACACAUACUCUUUUACAGACACACAUACAAACACAUAUACUCUUUGACAGACAUACAAACUCUCUAACAGAUACACAUGCAAUUUUUUUAUUUUUAUAUUAUUUUUUUUUAAAAAAUUUGUAUCCACCCAGCCCCCCUAUCUUUAGGAGUGCUGUCAUGGAGUCCACUGCCUCCCCUCCCUCACCCCACAAUGUUAUACACUGCCCCCUCCCACCACUCUAAUGCAAUGCCCUCUCCUCCAGCCACUCUAAUACACUGCCCUGUUCCCUCCCUUCCCCCCCAAUUUUACACACUGCCUCUCCCCCACCACUCUAUAAUGCACUGCUCCCCUCCCUUUUCCCCCAAUUUAAUACACUGCCCCACCAAUUUAAUACACUCCCUCCCCCACCCUCCAAGCCCAGUUUCCUCUACCUUAAGCCAUCUUUCCAGUCCAGCCCUGUACGAUCUUCUCUGCACACACUCCUCUGGCACUGCAAGAAGUGAAGGAGUGGCUGGCCUAAUAAUGGAAGCAGAGCAAGGACAGGAAUGCCAGGUGGACAUGUUCAACCACAAAGAGGGCACUCCAUAACAGGCUGCCCAUAUAUUAAGUGCUUCUGUAACACUCGUGUAUGGGUUUAAAAUUUCCUGAAUGUCAUUAGAAAUGUAACGAGAAUGUGUGCUGCACUUUACCGCAAUCCGCAACCAGGUGACACAAGAUUGGGAGCAUGUUAGUUCAACUCAGUCAUAAUCACAAUUUAGCUAAUUUAGUCUGAAUUUUCCAAUUUUGUGUUUUUAUGUUUUUCCCACCACCGCUCCAUAUAGAUAUAUAAGAGCCCUAAGCCCCCAUAGUUCUAGGUAUCAACAUAUUAAAUGUAUGCUACCAUUAUAAAUACAUAUUCAGUUAUCUUAAAACCCAUUACUAUCCUAUGGGCUCAGAGGCUUGAGAUUGUCUGCACUAUUCACUAAAGCGAUAAUUGUUAGGAAUUCAAAGUUAAUGGGACACUUUAGGCACCCAGACCACUUCAAUGAACCCUUAAUCUUAAACAUGUAAUUAUUGCAGGUUUUAUAAACUGCAAAAAUUACCUGAUAGGGUUAACUCCUCGUCUACCAGACAGCCACUAGAGGGACUUCCUGGUGGAUAGGUGACUUUUAGUCGCCUAAACAACGCUGGACCUCCUCACACUAUGAAUAAUGCUUUCCAUGGGAAAAUCCUAAUACGUGCGCGGCCAUUGCCGCACAUGCAUAUUAGGUCUGCCCGGUUGGCGUGGCCGGAGCUGAGCCAGGUAAGUGACAGAAGAGGGGCCUUGACAGAGAGGCAAGCUAUAGUGCCAGGAAAACAAAUGGUUUUCUGGCACUAUAGUUUCCCUUUAAUUUCAAAUAUAGAGCCUAAAUAGCUGAACUGGAAAAGUACCCCAAUUAAAUUUGGCAUUCACUUUAAUUUCCUGACAGUUCUCACUUUAGUGAAUAAGGCUCUUUUAAAAUAAAAUAAUAUAUAUAUCCUAGCAUAUGUUAAAUACCUAUGUUUUGCUUACACGUUUGAGUUUUUUUUUAAUUCUUGGUUUUCAGAAUGAGUCAGAUAAGAAUGAGUUUUUUAUUAUCUUUGCAGUAGGUGUUAAAGAUGAGUGGAAAGUCAAUGACAUACACUUAUGUACAUUAGCAUGCACAAAGUGGGGGAUAUAGAUAAACUAUUGCUAGAGCAAUUACAUUAAAAUAUGUUUGGAAAUAUAUACAUGAACUAGUUAAGACGUAGCUAUUUUGGUGAUUUUUACUUCUAGGCAUUGGAAAAACUGUAAAGAUGGCUCAUGGAAUGAUGUAAUUGGUUGCCAGUCUGGUCCUAUGACACAAAAAAAAAUCCGCAAUCUCCAUGCAUUUUAAUGUUUUACAUCUGUCAACUGCGCAUGCAGUUACUCACAUAUUCCUAUCACCCAGAAUGUACAUGUUUUACAAUUUUGCCAGUGUAGUGUUUAUCGUAUAUGCAUGUGUAUAUCUACUUGAAGUCAUAUUGGGGGAAGUAUUGUACUACUUUAUUUUUUUAUUUUUUUGUGUACUAAACUAGUGUAAAUUGAAAAUAAGUUACAAAAUAGCCAAGCUGGGACUACAUCUAGGUCAGAAAAGUGUUCCAAACCAGCUCUUUUGCUUACAUUUUACAAUUUGUUUAUAAGUUCAUUACAAUACGCCGCGGUUCCCUGUAAGGGGUAAGUCCACAUAAUGGACAUUUUCAAAAUAUCAAAUGUACCAAUCUAUCUUUUUAGUGAAUAUACCCGGUCAGUUAAGAAAUCAAUAAAAGUAAGCAGUAUGCCAAUGGAUCCAUUGUGGUGUGAGUGAUGACUGUUAUUCAAUCUUGCAACUGAAAUGUCAACUUUUUCAACUCCAUUAUGGACUUUAAGACUUCAAAAUGUUCCAAAGUCAAUUUACAAGUCACUUCUAUCACUAAAGAACGGGGAGGGUAUCUAAGUGUUAUUUGGGGAACUUAGAAGUGGGGUGUAUCCCCCUGGCAAUCUCUUUGGCGAGUGCACUAGUGCGGCAAUCAUUGUGAAUUAAAGGACCACUAUAGUGCCAGGAAAACAUACUCGUUUUCCUGGCACUAUAGUGCCCUGAGGGUGCCCCCACCCUCAGGGACCCCCUCCCGCCCGGCUCUGGAAAGGGGAAAGGGGUUUAAACCUACCCUUUUCCAGCGCUGGGCAGAGAGCUCUCCUCCUUCUCUCCUCCUCCGUUCCGCCCCGUCGGCUGAAUGAGCACGCGCGGCAAGAGCUGCGCGCGCAUUCAGCCGGUCGCAUAAGAAAGCAUUUACAAUGCUUUCCUAUGGACGCUGGCGUGCUCUCACUGUGAAAAUCACAGUGAGAAGCACGCAAGCGCCUCGAGUGGCUGUCAAUGAGACAGCCACUAGAGGAUUAGGGGGAAGGCUUAACCCAUUAAUAAACAUAGCAGUUUCUCUGAAACUGCUAUGUUUAUUAAAAAAUGGGUUAACCCUAGCUGGACCUGGCACCCAGACCACUUCAUUAAGCUGAAGUGGUCUGGGUGCCUAGAGUGGUCGUUUAUUCCUUUAUGUCUGCUGUGCCUUGACAGAAGUGCUUAGUUUAUUUUACUGAAGAACCUGGCACCCUCUCAGCAAUGCACAAACUAGGGUGAAUUUCUUGUACUUUGUUAAACUAUAUAACCAGGGAUGCGGCAAGACUACUGAAAGGGAAAUCUGCAAAUAAUGGAAAGUGUAAGAAAAUUUUAUUUUAAUUCUGAUCAUAAUGGAAAACCUGCUAAGUUCUAAAUUGGAGGGAUAAGCAGGAAUUGAUUGCUCCUUUUCUGUAUUUGUUCUACACUUAUUAAACAAUGCUAGGAAAGGUGUUCUGUUUAUGAGUAUCCCAAUAAUUGCUAUAACAGAUUUUGAAAACCAUUUAAUACUGAAAGGUAAGACGGCACCACAUGAUUCCAGGUGUUGAAUUUAGUACGUUUUCAAUGGUCCAGUUCUAAGUAUAGAAGUCACUUGCACUGAUGUAAUAAAUGGUGAAACUGAUGUUGAAAUGUAUCUGAGUGUACAUACCAUAACUACUACAACACUCUGCAGUGGUUAUGUUGUUUGGAGUGUUCCUGUAAUGACUCAUGGGCAGCCUUUAACAUGUAGAUUAAUGUUGGGUACUAGAAAGUAAUUUCCUUAUAUAUGUUUAAGAGGUAGAAUCUAAACGGCUGUAGCUGACAUUUAAUUUUUUUUUUUUUUAUGUUUUGUUUUUAAUUUAAUUCUUGCUUUGUUUGUUUUUCUAUUUAAACAGAACAUCCAGAAAUACAGGAUGCAGUUUACAAAAAAGAUGAUAAACUCCUUUUGCGGUUGAAAGAAGUUUAUGUCGACUCUAGAGAUCCUUCACUCCAGGUAAGCCAACCUGGUUAUCAGUGUAAUUAUGCAUCUUUAUCUAGAAUAAAUGGAUUUGCAAACUCUGACCGUGUGUGUGUAUAUAUAUAUGUGUAUAUGUGUGUAUAUUAGCAAAAAGUAUAGCUGCACUCACGAUUGAGAGAGAAAAUCUUCAAUGCUUUAUUUGGACAUUUAAAAUAAGGAUCGACGUUUCAGUCCAUCUUGUGGACUUUCCUCAGGAUCAAAGCAUUGAAGAUUUUAUCUCUCAACCGUGAGUGCAGCUAUACUUUUUGCUAAUAUAUAUAUAUAUAUAUAUAUAUAUAUAUAUAUAUAUAUAUAUAUAUAUAUAUAUAUAUAUAUAUAUAUAUAUAUAUAUAUAUAUAUAUAUACACACAUUUUCUUUUUCCCCCUCGAAUUGUGAGGAAACUGAUUUGCAAUUAGUGCUGUUAAAUUUUAAAGGUUCUGUCUGACCACUGUUUACCUAUGACUUGUUGUAGGGAGCUUUUGAGGUACAUUUCCUUUCUUUUUUUUUUUUCUUUUUUUUUUUUUUGCUAUUUUACCCUAAAUAUCUAUUUUCCUGGUCAAUUCUGAAUAUUAAUUACAGUCCGAUAUUUAAUUAUACCUGGUAAUUGUAUUAACUAAACUCCACAUUGUAACACAUUUAAAUAUGAGUAGCAAAAACUAAUGUUCUGGAAACAUUUCUAUAAAUGUCUAUACUCACAGCGUAGCUACUUUAACUUUAAAGGUGAACCUUCACUUCUUUAGAAAUUACACAAUUGAAUAAAAAAUUUAAAAUGUGAUUUAAAGUUGUGUUUCAGCUUAUUUUCUUGCGAAGAUCUAUUUUCUUUUUGCUGCAUAUUAAAGGAACACUAGAGCAUUAGGAAUACAUAUCUGUAUUCCUAAUGCCCCUUAUCAAAUAACCCGCACCUUGUAUAAAAGGAAAAAAGUUAAUAAAUAAAACAAAUUACUCCCCUUUUUUCCAGUGUCGAGUCUCCCUCAGCAUUGCAGCAAUCUUCUCUGCGAGUUUUCUUCCUGCAAAGUUAUAGGCCAAUCCAAUGCGCCUAAGAUUCUGACAUAGAGAAUUAUUGAAAACAAUGAUACUCUAUGGCCAACCGUGACGGCACCGCGCAUGACCAUGUCAUGUUAUGGUAUAAGAACUGGGAAGUAAGAUUCACAGCUCUCCUAACGAGAGGGCUUGGAGGCAUGAGUUGAAACUGUGCUUCCAAGCCCUUUAAUUAGUGAACUAACUUUGGGGGUAGAAGAGGUGGUGCAGGACUGCAAGCACUAUAACAGCUUUAAUAAAAUUAAGUUCUUAAAGUGCCUACACUGUCCCUUUAAAAAGACUCUCCAAGCACCAUAACAACCCACUGUAAUGGUAAUGGUGCCAUGAGUGCCCUAGUAACAUCCCUGUGUAAUUUUGUAAACAAUUUUUAGCAUGGUUUCACACUCAUUCAUUCAUUCAUUGGUUGAGAGAGUUAGCUAUGCACUGUCAUCCCAUGAAUGAGCUCCUGUCUUGAAUAAACUGUCAUCUGUUUUAUAAACCAUGAGCAAGUGAUAGCCUGAGAGUGUCAGCUGAAGCUGUCAGAAGCCCCAGGUCUGAGGUUUCCUGAUUGAAGCCUUGUACCAUUUAAAGAAGUUGCUGGGCUGACUAGACAGGCACAGUAUUCCUGAGUUUGGGCUUAAAUGUUUUAAUCGCUUAUGGUAAAAGGGAGUCCAGGACCUCUUUGCACCACAACCACUUGAUUACCGGUUUAACUAUUUCAUUUUGUGGUGCAGUGUGCCAAGUGUUCCUUUAAGCAUCUUGUACAUGCUCUUUUAUAGCUUUGUAUAAGUUUUAUUUAGUAACCCUGCAUCCAUCAUUGCUUUUUUAUACAUUAAUGGGAGGGGUAAAAAGAACGAGACUAAUUGGCCAGUUAGUAACAGCCACUAUACAGCUUCUACAAUUUGAGACAUGCACAGGGCUUUUAUUGAAAACCAUUGUAGGACCAGGAUUAACUGAGAAAUAUCAGACAAAUUAGGGACAUUUGGAGGAGAGUAUCUUUUUAUUUUAUUGUCCAUGGUCUUUUUUUUUUAUAACAUCAUUGUGAUUCACUACAAAAGUAAAGGGUUUGUAACACUUCUCCACCAACUCUAUAAAUGCUGAACAAAGUAAAGUUCUGCACAAUUAGCCAAUGAAUUCUACUCGCCAGGGCUAAAUUUUCACUCACCAAUGGCUAGUAGCCAGUGAGAAUUGUGGGCCCUGCUGUUAGUGCUUUUCUACAUGAAUGGAGUGGUAUUUGUUAGAGACACACAAUUAUUUCUCAGGGCUUGUUGGAGAUUUUUACCCUUGGUUGACACGUUUUUAGCAUUAAAUUAUAAAUGUCCUUUUUCCUCAGUUCAUGUUGGUGCCUUACUAAUACAAAAUUGGAGAUGUUUUGUUCCCUCUCUAUGGUUACCAAAUGUACUUUGUUGUUCUAAACAAAAGCUCCCACCAGGCAACUUCACAUUUGGUAGUUUUGUAUUUUGGGUACUCUGUUUUGCCAAGAUUUCUCACAAAAUAAAAAAAAGAGAAAUGGAUUUAAAAACCCACAAAUAUUUAACAUUUAUUAAAUUUCCAUUGUUAAACCCUUUUGAUUCUAUUUUGACUUGUUUGCUAACAAUCCAUUAUCUGCUCCUACAGAUACAACACAAUAUAUCACCUGUGUUGCCAGUUAUUUGCGUCCUGUGUUGUAAUCCCUCAUGUUUAAAAUGUUCUCCCUUUGAGACCUAUUACUGUUUUUUUUCUCUCAAAUCAUAGUUUGUACUAAACUGAAUAGAACCCUUACUGUUUUGGGUUCUAAAUAAAUAAAUAUAGAAUCUUGCAGUUCCAUUUGUCAAUUAGCAUGCUGUUUUCAUCAAAGAGGCCAAACACAUGUUUAUUUUUCCAUCUAAGCUCUGUAGUAACUCUAUAUUCUAAAUUAUUUUCACUUUGUAUUUAUUUUUAUUUUUUUAUUAAUGAUAAAUACAGGUUUUGUGUCUUACAGUAAACCUGUUGUCCACAAAAUUGUGAGGGGCAAGUGCUACUAUAUAAUGAAUACAUUGCUCAUGGAAAAUUGUAACAAAUAGAUACAUUAAAGGGACACUGAAAACACAACAACAACUGCAUCUUAAGCAGGUUAUGGUGCACAGAGAUCACGGUUUUUCAGUACAUUGUUGUUUAUAACUUUAACUAUGAGCCUAAAAAUAGAUAUAAUUUCUGCUAUAUUUAUUUUGAAUCAAAAGGAAAAAUAAAGGAUAUCACGUAUCCUACAUGAUUAAGGCCUAACGGAUGAAACAUUGUAUCCUUUGUCCUUUUGAUUAAAAAAAUAAUGCUAUUUAUGCCUUUACUCUAUCUUGUGCCUCCUGUGGACUUCUAUUUUUUAAGUUGUUAGUGGUGUGGCGGACCGCUCUCCAACAUAUACUUGUGUGCAGCACUUCUAAUUUUUGCUUUAACUAUAAGUCUGUCUUGUCUGUCGGAUAUAUAAAACUUGUGGCGGCACACACAGUUCAACAUAUCUCACCUUGUGCUGAAGCCCCAGCCAAAGCUGCUUGCAUGGAUGGUCAGCUGCUCUGGCAAAUGCUCUACAAAGCCCAGUUUACAAAACUGUGAAUGAGGCUGCUAGCAGCCAUUAUUUAAACACACAGGUAUUACUGGUGUGGUCUCCACCUAGAACCAAUUUUGGCAAAUUGAAAAAUGGUUGCGCAUAACGAUUAAAAUCUCCUAAAAAUAAAACCUGAAUGGUGGAAUAUUGACAUUGCUGUCUGCUAAUUCAGCAGUUCCACUUACCAGAUCUGAUAAAUGGAAAUACUGUUGGGGGCUUGUGGGAUAUAAUUUCUGUUUACAUGAAGACAGACACCUGAUAGGUGAAAUGUCUUGCUGGUCUCUCUCUGCGGUUGGCCCUGCCAAUCAGCAUCUCUUCAUAGAGAUGUAUUGAAUCAUCUUUAUGAGGACCUUUCAGCGUCUCCAUGCAGAGCGUGGACAUGCUGAAUGUAAAUCCUGCAAACAUUGCAGGACUUAACCCAGGAGGUCCCUCUAGUUGCUCUCUGAGUGACUGCCACUAGAGGUAUUACUAGGCAGCAAUGUAAACACUGAUUUUAAUCUGGAAAGACAGCAUUUAUAUUGUUUAGGCUACAGGGACAGGCUACAGAUACCAGAACCACUACAUUAGUGUUUCUGGUGACUAUAGUGUCCUUUUAACACUAUAUUUCUGUUUAGUAUGUAAAAUGCAAAAUAGAAUAAUUUGCAUAAAAAAGUAUGCAGAAUUCUAAUAUAAGGAACAUACUGUCUCAUGUUCUACCUCUUUGAUUCCAAAUUCUUUCAGUAAGGCCCUUCACAACGAUGAAGCUAGGCUACAGAAAAGAUGGACAGUUCCAAACCUGUUAAAUGGAACCAGUAGUCCAGAAAAUAACAAUUAUCAUUUCAGGACUAUAGAUCCCCUUUUGUGGUGAACAAUUAAGUUAAACAAACAAAAAUGGCUCGCCUUGUUUCCAGUCCUGGGACUCCUCUGCUGCAGCAUUCAACUCUACCUCCAGUGAUUUCUUGAUCGUGUCCUGUCCAAUGCUUUUUACUGGAUUAGAGUGCACAUUUAUGGCAAAGAGCUGCUCUCCUCCAAGCAAAUUUUUGCUAUCUGCAGCAUUUGAUUCCAUGACUGAGUUUUACGUGGUUUGGAGGAGGUGCCUCUAGUAUCUUUUAGGAAGACUGCCUCUAGAAGUGGAUUUAACCCUGCAAUGUAAACAUUGUAGUUUCUAAUAAAACUUCAAUGUUUUACAGUCCAGGGUUCGGUUCAAUGACAGGACCACUAUGAUAAAGUGCAGUAAAAAUGAGAAUCCAGCGCACUCCCUUAUCUACUAAACAGGUACUUUUGUGCUGACCGAUUGUUAGUUUUAUUAAAAACACCUAAUCUAGGCAAAAAAAUAAUGGGGGUUUGGUUACAUUAUAUGAUCAUACAUUGCAUAAGCCUGCCACAACUUAAUGUACCCCAUUUUAGAGUAGGUCCUACUCUAACAGCCAGAUGUCUUCUAAAUGAGCUACUUACUUUGGGAAAUACUUCCAUCUCAUGUUCUCUGCAAUACAAGGCUAAAUAGGAUCCUGAGAUGAGGCACCUGUGACAAGGAGGGGUGCAGAACCAAGGAGCUGGCUAGACUCCUAAAAAUAUACAUAUGAGAAAUCAAGGGGUUGAGAUAAAGUGUUCCCUUAAAGGAUCACUAUAGGGUCAGGAACACAAACAUGUAUUCCUGACCCUAUGGUGUUAAAACCCCUGUGCCCAUCAUGCCUCCAUAAAUAUAGCAAAAUCUUACUGUAUUCAAGCCUGAAGCUGUAGAUCUGCAUGCUGUUUGCCCCAGAAAAACAAGCUGUCUGCUGACAUCAUCAGAAGUGGUGGCCUGAUCCAAUCACAAUGCUUCCCCAUAGGAUUGUCUGAGACUGACAAGGAGGCAGAUUAGGGGCAGAGCCAGCAUGAUUCAAACACAGGCCUGGCUAAUCCGCAUCUCCUCAUAGAGAUGAAUUGACUCAAUGAAUCUCUGUGUGGAAAGUUCAGUGUCUGCAUGCAGAGGUAGGAGAUACUGAAUGUUUGGAUGCAUUUUAGGCAGCCAUGACCCAGCAAGGAUCUCUAACAGCCAUCUGAGGAGUGGCCAGUGAAGUUUUCACUAGGCUGUAAUGUAAACACUGCAUUUUCUCUGAAAAGGCCUGAAGGUAAUGAUUCUACUCACCAGAACAAAUUCAAUAAUCUGUAGUUGUUCUGGUGACUAUAGUGUCCCUUUAACCCCUUAAGGACACAUGACAUGUGUGACAUGUCAUGAUUCCCUUUUAUUCCAGAAGUUUGGUCCUUAAGGGGUUAAAGACACUCCUUAAGCUGUUUUGCCCAAAAUUGGCUUUGGUGUCAACAACAUAUUUGUAGUUUGUAUCUCAGUGCUGUCAGUACCCAAUAAAAAGCUAGAAAUAUAAUAGUUGCCAUAAUCUAGAUUUGUUAACAUUUUUAUAAUUUUAUACAGGUUAAAGGAACACUAUAGUCACCAGAACAACUUUAGCUUAAUUAAGCAGUUUUGGUGUAUAGAUGAAGUCUCGCUGCUCAAUUCUGUCAUUUCGGAGUUAAAUCACUAUUGUUUCUGUCCAUGCUGCACCUGAGUGUGAUCGCACAGCCUUUUUUUUAUAUUUUUAAUCAGAAGUUACUUUACCUUUUUUAUCUCCUGCUCUUUAUCUUGAACUUUAAUCACAUAGGCUCCUGUAAGGUCUAGCAUGCUAGUAAUAGUGUAGGAGAUCAUAAAUUCUAAAUAAAACAGAAUUUGCAAUAAAGGAAGUGUAAACAUUAGUUCUCCAUUUACCGGAAGUGUUUAGGUAGUCUGUGCACUUAACUUGCAGAGAGGUGUAACUAGAGCUAUAUAAACAAACUGUUUUAACUCCUAAAUGGUAGAGAAUUGAGCAGUAAGCUAAAGUUGUUUUGGUGACUAUAGUGUCCUUUUAAUAUUUACUAUGUAAAGCCAGUCCUAUAAUAUUUACAUAACAUACACCCUGAAGCAGUUUUCUUUUCAAAUUUUGUGCUAUAGAUAAUGUCAAGGCAGUUAUGGAAAAACUCUCUGCUGCCUCUGUAGCAAUCAGUCGUGACAUGUCUGAUUGGUGUAUGUGCUCCUAUUAAAAAAUGAUUACCCUACAUUCACUAACCUGGAAUCACUUCAAAUAAGUCACUUUGGGGUGGAGUAAAUGUUCCACUUCAGUAGUGGUCAUUAAUCAGCACUUUGUUUAUUGCCCUGUUCUGGUGCAGAAACUAAAAUGUUUCUACCAAAUACAAUAAAAAAAAGUUUAUAUUGAGAAUCAUUGUUUUAUUUAUUUUUUUCUGUUGUCUUGUUUAUGUUCAUUUACAUGAGAGGGUGUGUGUGUGUGUCUGUCGACAAAGCACUAUGAAGGGGUUAAGAAUAAUUGUUAUUGUUUAGUAGUACAUCACCUUUUGGUCAUUUAUACUUCUAUUUUGCACUUCUACACUCUUGUCUUCCCACUUCUGUAAUAAAUAUUUCUGUGAUUUCACACCCUGUGUGCUUUUUCUCACCGUUUCACUUAACCAGCCAAGCCCUUUUUAUACGACUGCCUUAAGUGUUGAUCUUGUCCUUAAUAAGAAAUCAUUAACAAACACAGUAAGUUCUCCACCCACUGGUGAAUCUAGAGAGCUUAAGUUUACAGCUAUUCUUGUUGUGUUGACCCAGUUUUUCACAGCUCUUUUGUUUUUCUCAGACAAAUUCACACACUGUGGCUCAUAUACUAAAUAUUUAACUGUUCUCAUUCUCGGACCCAGUCGACACAUUCCUAACCCAUAGAAAUCUUACAUUUACGGAGCACUGCUAUACCUUUUAGGUCUAUUUGUGAAUCAUGAAUCACUUUUCUGAGCAUAGUCUUGUACAGUUCUGGAGAGGUUUCUUGAUGUCUUCAGUUAGACACCAUUAUAGGCAUCAUAACCUCUGAAGCAGGGGUGCCCAAAAAGUAGAUCCCUAAAUGUUAAGGAACUAAAAGUCCGAUAAUGCUUUGCAUGCCUUUAGACUGACAAGACAUCAUGGAGGCUGUAGUUUUAAAACAUCUGGGCAUCUACCUUUUGGGCACCUCUGUGGAAAGUGGAACUUCUAAUUUAGGUAUAUCUAAAAGGGAGGCUAGUCCAGGGUUUUCCCAGAGGAAAAAUGGUUUUACUACAUACUGUGGGAUAGUGCCAGGAAUUAUUGGCACCAUAAUCACAUCAGUUUGUUUUUACUUCUGACAUUGUUUAAUGCUCAACCUGUGGGCCCCCAGAUGUUUUGAACUACAUCUCCCAUUAUUCUUUGAAUGAAAAGCCAAUGCACGUGUUUCUUGAAUGAAACAGCCAGGGAAUCAUGGCUGAUAACCAAGGAAUCAUGGGAUUUGUAGUUCAAAACAUCUGCAGAGCUUCAGGUUGUGCAGGCCUGGUUUAAAGAGUUACUAUAACCAUCAUAAUCACUACUGCCUACUGUAUUGGCUAUUAUAGCAGGUGUAACCUGGUGUUAUUCUCCGGUAAUAGGGUCCGGUUAUGCAGUGUAGGCAGGCUUUCAACAUUCUGCUUCUGCGGAGCUGCAAAGACCGGCUGUCGAUCCUGCCGCUCAUUUAUUGUCUGGGAGCGCCAUCUGUUUACUCAUGGACAAUGAAUGAGUGUGCAUCAAAAUUUGCGCACAACUGAUAUUGGCCAGCUUCGAACUCUUGGUUCUCGCUGGCUAAAGAUGCUCCAUGACACUGCCAGGAGUGGCAUUAAAUCUCCAGCAGCUUAGGGGUUAAACUCUGUAUGUGCAAGGAAACGCUGCACGUACAGACUCUAGGCACUUAUGACCAUUUCAAGUCACUGAAGUAGUCAUGGUGCUUGGAGUAACCCUUUCAAUUAUGUACACCAUUACACAAAUUUUCAUGUAUGGCACCCAUAAAUUCUUUGAAACUAUAUAUCACUGUUGUACACCAUCAGAAGUCUGUUAUUCUGCAGUGGAUACCUGCAGUAAAUGGAUUAUGUUGCCACUGGGCUCCGUCCCUCGUUUUUUUUUUUUCUUUUUCUAUUUUGUAAAUCUGUUUGAAGAAAGGGGGGGAGGGGAAACAGGGCUCCCCACUGAAUAUAGAGACCACCCCCUCUUUGACAGCCUUGAGAAUGCAGAAUUUACAGUUUUGUGGUGCUGGGGACUGGUUAGCCCAGUGUUCUUAGCCUAUCAGUGGUGUCAAGUUUGGAUGUAAAAUUUCAUCUGUAAUUCCUAUAGCAUAUACUUCUCAAUGCAGCUAAGGAGAAAGUGGUCUCUGGGUGUCAGGGAUCUCCCUCGGUUGUCAAAUUUCUUCUAAAUGUUUUGAUAUUUAGGUAUGGAUGAUGCCCAAAGACUCUUAGUCAACAUUGCACUGCACUAGUAAUGGUGCUUAGUGUCCCUUUAAAAAAAGAACUCUCCUUUAAUGAUUUCGUCUCUUUUUUUUUUCAUAAAGAAAUUACUUUUCUCAGACAUGUAGAAGGGUUUUGUCUUAUUUUUUUUAUGCAUAUGGAAACAUCAAUUCUGCUAACCGUUUUUGGUGAAUGGGAUAUUUUAAGUACAUUGAAGGAACUUCGCAUUUCAUUAAGUAAAAAAUAGCUGUAAAAUCCAGAAGUGAACACAAUACAAUUACAUUUCUUUGUGGUAGAUUUAAAAAGAAAAAAUCUUCCCAUUAUAAUUAAUCAGCCUAUUGCAUGAAUUUAAAAAUUUUCUCUUGUUUUUCUUAGGUGAAGAGUGAAGAUGAGCCAUCGUCGGGUCAAGAGGAAUUCAGACUUCCUAAACUAACCAUGGGAAGCAAUCAGUUUUCUGUUGUGGAUGUGAAAGACAUUCCUAAAGGAAAAAUUUCUAUACUGGAGGCACUGACAGCUCUCCACAAUCACAAACAAAAUCCCCAAAUCUGGACCUCAGAAAAAAUAGCAAAGGAAUAUAACUUGGACAUUAAGGACUGCCAGUCUCUAUUGGAAUAUUUUAUUCCUUUUGAUAUGAAAAUCAUUCCACGACAGGACACCAAAGAUGUAACAGAAACAUGAUGUUGUGUUGUUUUCCCGUGUUUAUUUUUAAACAUUACUACAUGUACAGAAUAAUAUGAACCUAAAAUUAUUUCUCUCUUUUUCUUUCAUUUAUACACCUGGGUUUUUCCUUGAUUUGUGUACAACACACUUACUGGCAAGUCAAGAAGAAAUUCAUGUGUACACCAAAGUUCAUGCAGAACUCUCACUGCCUAGAAAAUGAAGUUACUCCGUGUACCUUAUAAAAACUUCUGUGUGCGCCUUAACGAAACUCAAAGUGUGAUUUGUCACAAAUGAUAUUAGCAAUCUUUUUUAAAAAGAGAGAUUUGAAUAGGUUAUGGUGCUUGGAGUCUGUACUGCACAUACAGAGUUAUCCCAUUGUACAGCGCUUCUGCAUUUAAUGGUGCUAUAUAAAUAAUAAUAUAGUGUUGAUGCUGAAGGUAUGACUCCACCUCCGGCAUUGUCCUAAGCAUAUACCAAGCUUGUGACACAGUCUACACGCCAUACCACCUUCAUUCAAUCCAGAGUCCAGGACAUCCUUUCUCCUGUAAUGAGAGGGAGUGACAUCUAAAGAGCGCUGGGCUGAAUGGAGAACUUGGCCUCGGCGUGGGAUUACAGGAAUUUUUUUUUUUUAAAGUUGCAGUACUGUGCCAGCAAGGUACGCCAUCCAUUAUUCCUGUUUCUGUUGGAGUAACUGAUAAGGCAGUUUGCAAAAUACAUUUUAAUUUCAAAUAGAUUCCUCAGGAGUCCUGCAACCGUUCAUUAAGCUUUGAUUUGACAGAGGCUCCAAUGCUUAUAGCUAGCUGGUUUUAGUUCCACACGGGGGCAAAUAAAGUGUGCUAAUGAAACUUAAUCUGUUACUUGUUAAAGCGCUUGACAGCAAGAUACAAAUACCCACUGGCCUAAGGUCUGUUACGGUUUUAGAGAAAAAGGUUGCAUCCUAAUGCCUUUUUAAAAAACUUUGUUUAUAUUAUCCCAGCCAAUCAUUUUGUAUGUAAACUCAUAAAAAAAGGCAUUUGUAACACCAGAGGCGUUUUAGCCGCGAGGCAAACAAGGCAUUUGCCUUGGGCGGCAUUUUCCAGGGGGCGGCAAAAAAAGCCGCCCCCAAAUGCCCAGGGCAAAUGCCUUGUUAGCCUUGCGGCUAACAGACACGCCGAGCGGGC